AUGACUCCCCCAGUUCCGAACGACCCCCAGCCCUAUCCUUCCUCCGCGAUGCAGGCCCUCGUAACGUCGCAUCCAACAGGUUUCGCUGAUCCACUCUCGCGACCAGAGACGAAGCUUUCCAGUAACCCCUUUACCGACCAGGAUGGACUCUCAGAUGAAGCUAUUGCGAGGAUACUUGAUCAGACUCCUCCCUCAGACGGCGAGAUGUCUCCCGAUGAGGACGCGAACAUGUCCGACGGGGAUGGGUUCUAUUCCAUGACUGAGGACCCACAAAUGCCAGGGGCGCUACACAACCCACCUAGCUAUACGCCUACGCUUACUUCACCACCAAAUCCUUCCACGUUACCUGGAAGCCACUGGAAUGGCGGUCCACCCGAAAGUUCGCCUCACCAAUUAAUUCCAUCCAGCACGUUCCGACCUGAUCUUGAAGAAAAUUGGCCGAACCUACCUUCCAAAUCCGCCACUCGCAACGUUCUAGUAAAACCCAGUAGUCCUCAGUCUGCUUCAGGCGCUUCGAAGAAUGGUGGAUAUAGACCAACCGCGUCCGAUGCCUGUGCGGUGUGCAACAAACGCCCUGUUCAUGUAAAGUCCCAGAACUGGACAUGCUCGAUUGAAUGCUCCCAAAAGAUGCAAGAUCUUCUCGGUAAUGACCUGAAAGGAAAGGCUUCGUCGAGCUCUGCUGGCCGUCCGUACGUUGUUCAAUCAUCCGGGCCAUCAUAUUGGAACUGGGGCUAUAAAUCAGCGCCGAUCAAGAUGUGUGAAGUCUGUAAAACUCGCCCCCAGUAUCAAAAGGGUGGCAAGACCUACCCCACCUGCGGUCUCACCUGCGCCUCUAAAUAUAACCCAUACAAUGUGGAGGUGUGCGACUUCUGCAAACAACGACCCAAAUUAGUGGUCAACGGCAAGAAAUAUCCCCAGUGCGGUAGGACAUGCAGAGACAAAGCCCAAGCUGCCCUUGCGACUGCGGCGAACUCGGCGGCAGGAUCGUGCACGACAUGUCCUAUUUGCUGGAGAUUGCCGGGUCAUUCGACCUCUGCAGAAGGCUACUGUUCGAAGGCUUGCGACGCAAUAGCAGAAGCGAAGGCACCUGUCCUGAUCGAGCUUCCUCGCGGGCACGUCGCGUUUAAGAAAGCUGCGGAGAUCUUCUCGGCGGCGUGGAAGCAGAGGGCUGCGCCCUGCCCGACUGUGAAGAAGAUCUUCAGAGUCAAGGUCAAGGCAUCUGCCUUGGGAGAAUACGAUGUGCACAAAUCGCAAGUUAACCCACACGGGUUGUUCAAGACAAAAGGGAAUGAGCAAAUACGGUUCAUCGGGACGAAUCGCGAGUGCACGAUCGGGGACGGUGCCACGACGGAAGCGUGCGGGUCGCCAAAAUGCCUGUAUUGCAGCGUGAUCAAGCGGAAUGUAAGCAAGGAGCACUUCCCGUCGGGAAUCAUGACGGCGCAGCUGGAAAGAGCGAUCGAGACUGCAUCGAAUGUGAAGAAGCGCUCGCCGAAGGUGGUGCUCAUGACGAACGUGCUGGUUGGUAAGAGCGUGAAGAUGGGCAUGGUUGAGCUCUCGGGUGAGCUUCCCCCACCGGGUAGUGACUCCGUUCAGCUCGUUGGGUACCAGCCACACGGAGGCAAACUCGACCUCGGAGAGGUCCUGAUUUUCCACCCAGCUGCGAUUAAGCCUCUCUACGUCCUUACAUUCGAGUAG